AUUUUUUAUUAUUUUAUUUUAUUCAAUGGUCAAUAUAUUAAAUAUGAUGAAAAUAUUCAAAUAAUUAAUAAAGAAAUAAGCUAGUCAAAACAAACUUUAUAUGUGCACAUCUCUUUUUCAUUAUUUAAUAUUAAUUAUUGCCUUUAUGUCGAUAUAAUAUUCAUAUAUCAGGUUAACCCUAAUAUCACGGAUGCAGAUUUCCCAGAAAAAUCGAUGAAAGCUGCGAAAAAUUAUUGUCGAAAUCCCACUAAAGAUCCUCGAGGUCCUUGGUGUUAUACGUUAGAUCCUACUCUUAUAGAUGAUGAAUGUGAUGUGCCGCUUUGUAAUUUUGGUAAUUGCAGAAUUUCUGGUAUAGGGGCUGAAUAUGCUGGAGAUCGUAAGAUUAGUUCUUCGGGUAAAAAGUGUAAAUCAUGGGCAGGGCGAUAUAAAGUUUCUAAUGAUAAGAGUCCAGCAUUCGCUAGAAAAAACUUUCCAGAUGCGUCAUUGAAGAAAGCUAAUCGUUUUUGUAGAAAUCCUGAUGAUAAUAUUGGUGGUCCAUGGUGUUAUGUACAUGAUGAAGCUUAUGAAACAAUUGAAAAAGAAUAUUGUGAUAUUCCAUUUUGUGAUGACAAGGACUGUUUGGUAUACGUCAGAAAUACAUCAAGAUAUUCUAUUUUGACAACUUUAAACUCUACAUUUGCUAGCAUUAAAUUCUGGAUUAAAUUAUGGAAUCCAAAUGAUGAAUAUAAUGGAGAAUUUAAAAUUUUAUUAAGUCUUCUUCCAAUUCCUACAUUUGCAAGUAAAAUUGCUGAAGAUUGGCAUGUAGGUGUGGAGUUAAUGUUUUCAAAUUUUGGUACUGGUCAAACAUAUCCUGAUAUUGAUAUGGAUGAUUUUGAGAAUAUACCAAACAUCUUACUUGGUACAAAAUGGACUGGUAUAUGGAUUACAUGGGCAGGAGGUUUCAUAUCAAUGGGAAUGUAUGGUACAUCUAAACCUUUCUUUAUUGGGGAGUAUAAAAAAAAAGAUACUAUCUCAGGUCUUUAUUACGAUUUUUUGUUAUAUUAUGGGAUCAUGGGUACAAAUGUUCUUUGGAGUACAGAAUCCUGUCAAAAUGAUUGUGAAAUUCAUGUAACUGUUGGAACAGAAUUCACAAACGUUUGGCCAAUGCAAAAAUCUAAUAAUACCUAUGACAUUCAUUUUUAUGUGCGAGCAAAUCGCAAUAUUGCUAUACAAAUGUAUCAAAACCCUGUUAAUAUUUAUCCAUGUUUUACUAUAAUUAUUGAUAACGUUACAUCAUUAAUAUAUCAAAAAAACAAAUUUUCAAUGAAGCAAUAUUUGAAACAAGUUUCAAGUAAAGGAUUAUUAAAUUUUUGGAAGUGGAAAAAAUUUACUAUUAGUAUUUUAGGUCCGCAUUUACGGCUAUUUUAUGAACAAACAUAUGGCGAUGAAGAAUUUUUAUAUGUACAUUAUGAUCUUUUUGAUACGUUAAGAUGGUUCAGUAUAGGAACUGAAUAUAAUGUAGCUUAUUGGACACUUUUUUGUAUACCAGAUGAAGAAAUACAUACUAUAGAAGAUCCAUGGCCACCUAACUGUAUAUCAGAUCUUAUGGAUUAUGCUUAUAAAGGUGAUCAAUGGUUCAGUGUAAAUGAGAUACCUUGUAUACCAUGGAUUUCAAAAGAAAUACCAGAAGAAGACAAAAUUGACAGUAAGUUUAUUGAUGGCUCUGCUUUAAAAGCACUUAACAAAUGCAGGAAUCCCAGUCAUAGUUCACAUGGUCCUUAUUGUUAUAUAAUGACUGAUCCAAAUACUUCAAACAUAUCAAAGCAAUAUUGUCCAGUACGAAAAUGCCUAUCUUCAGAAUGUAAAAUGGCUGGUACAGCAAAUGAUUAUAUAGGAACUUUAUCAACAACACGUUCAGGUAGAACUUGUGCUAAAUGGAUAGCUGAUUACGAUCUUGUGGAAACGAAAGUAUAUGCACCUAUGACUACCACACAAGGACUUAUAGAAUUACCAAGACGAUAUAUGACACAAGAAGAGCUACUUUUGAAAAUGUCUCCGCAAAGAAGACCUAAACUUAUCAAAGUUUUAAGACCAAAAGAUUCAAUUAAUCGAACAUUGUACAAUGACAAUUUGUAUGCAGAACAUAGUGCAAAAAAUGCUAGUAAUUAUUGCAGGAAUCCAUCUCGUAAUAUCGCCGGCACAUGGUGUUAUACAACAGAUCCUCUUGUACCACAAGAUCUCUGUGAUGUCAGAGAUUGCGAAAUGCUAGAAGAAUGUAUAUUCCUUAUUCAUGGACAUGGUAUUGGUAGACGACUAUACGUUUUUCCUGAAUAUCGUUCUGAGGGUCUACAUUUUUCUCUGAAAGCUUGGGAACCUGAUCAAUUAGAUUCUAUAACAAUUGUUUUUACUGCAGAUGAUGGUUUUAAAUCACGAUAUAUUCUUAAAAUUGGUGCUUUAGAUAAUGAGCAAAUACUCCUAUAUUAUCAGUCUGAAAGUCAAGCUAUAAACUUAGUUAAAAAGAAAACAUUGCCACAUUUAUUGUAUUUUGGAAAAUGGAGCAAUUUUGUUAUUCGUAUACCACGAGGAAGUAUUUUACUUUAUUAUGAAGGAUCAUCAAAUCCUUUAUUUGAAUGGAAACAUUCAAAACCAUCACAAGUAUUUUCACCUGUUUAUUAUUAUUACAAUAGUGAACAAAAACAUGCUGUAGGCGUUGCUUUUGAUUGUAAUUCCAGAUGUCAGAUAGAAAAGACAGAAACUAAUGAACAUACAAGAAUAUUACCGUUUUCUAUAUGGAAUAAACAAAAAAUGUCAAAUAUUAAUACAUUAACACUUAUGAUACGUGCAAAAGGUGUUGUUACACUUGCAUUGUUUUUGUUUCCUGCAACAUCUAGCUAUUACUCCUUAUCUCUCUUUGAAUCUGGACCAUGGAUAUUCUUUCAAAAGAAUAAUUAUCCCAUUGUCAAAAUAUUUCAUAAGCAAUUAAUUUCAAGUCCAUUAUUUACAACAAAUUCAUGGACAAAUAUAACUAUAAGAUGGUUAAAGAAUAUUAUUGAAUUAUUGUGUAAUGAUACAUUGGUAUUUCAUUAUGAACAUAGCAACCCUCUGCUUUUUUAUUUUUUCUCAGUCACUGUUAAUAACAAUGGAUGGGCUAUUUGGUCUGCAAAUUGUGUACCAACUGAUAUAGAUGGACCUGCUAUUGAUGGUGGUUGGUCUGAAUGGGGUCCAUGGUCAUGUAGUGCUAGUUGUAAUGGCGGUGUUGGAACAAGAACACGUUUAUGCAAUUCUCCAGAACCUAAUAUUAGAGGAGAACCAUGUAUUGGUCCUAAUAGUAUGACAGGACGUUGCAAUUUGAUUAAAUGUGGAGAUUUAACAGAGGACACAAUUAUUUUAAUACAAAGAAGAAUUAAAAGAAACCAUACUUCUUUAAUUAUUAAAGAAUAUGGAACUGUCGUAAUUCCAUCAGAUUAUGAUAUUAUUCAAUUAAUAUCAAAUACAUCUGUAGAUUUUGAGAUACAAUGGUCUCAUAAUGGAAUUUUUAUUAAAGAAAAUAAUAGAAUUAGGAUAAAAAACUUUAAUGUUGGUACGUUCACUUUUUGUGGAAUACUUAGUGUUGGUAGAUUGAAGCAUUAUGAAUAUAUUGUUUCAGUAAUAAACAGAGCUCUACUGAUUGAUUCUGGUAUUUAUACAAUCACUUUACAUAGAAUUGAUCAGUCAUAUCUCGUAUUGAAAGUUGUUGCUUUAGCUAUUAUACCAAGUAUAGAAAGUAUUACUAUACGUGAGACUUUACCUUUAUCUGUAAUUUGUAAUUGUCUUAUUUUGGGUUAUGUAUAUUCUGAUCUCAAGAUAUCUUGGGAAAUAAAUGAAAAUAUUUGGAAAGAUUAUGGUAUUACCCUACCUAUUGCUGUAAAUGUCGAUUAUAUCAAGGCAAUAAAUAAGUCACAUGAAGGAAUGUGGAAAUGCAUUGUAGAGCAGACUGAUUUAAAUUUUAAAUGGAUAACUAAUAUAAUUGUUGUUAAAGUUAUUGGUUCACCAAAUUGGCGCACUUACUUAAUGGAAGAUAAAUUGACCAGUCCUAUAUUUGGUUGGAUGCCAAGUGAAAAUUUUGUUGCUGUUUCUGCAUUAAUAAUCUUCUUAAUACUAAUUGGUUGUAUAAUUAUAGGUUCAAUCUUUUUAAUAAGGCUUCAAGAAAGUCGAAAGAUCAAAAUUCAAAUUUUCAACCAAAAGAAAAAUAAACAAUAAAUAGAUCCCAACUAAGGGUAAUUAAGAAUACUAAUUUUUAUCAUUUAUUUAAUAUUUCAAUCAUUUUUCAUCAGCAUAUUUACAUAUUUAUAAAUAAAAAAAUCAAAUUUUAGAAAAUAUGAAAUAUCAAAAAAUCAAAAUAAAUUUGUAUUUUUUGUAAAUGAGGAUAUAAAGUAUCGAUCAGUCUAAUUCCAGGACAUUGUGUAUUUAUGCAUUGAAUGAAUAAUUUUAUCGAGGUAUUCGAUACACCUAAGAAUUCGAGUGAGAAUUUCAUAGACACAUGCUCUUUGAUAAUUUCGUCGUUUUUUCCACUACCGGUCGGUCUACCUAUAUCCUCUAUCUACCUACCUUCUCUAUCUAUCAUACUCCUUGUUGCCCCACCUUUUCUCUUUUUCUUCCACCUCUUUCUCCCACCUCUUUCUCUCUUUCUCUCUCUCUCUCUCUCUCUCUUACGGAACAUUCUUCGCGCACGUGUCUAUCUUCCUUGCAUGUAUACGAAAACGUGUUCUUCGGCCUCUGGUACAUAUCCUGAUUACUAAUUUACGAAGCCAUGGACUACUUCCACGCUUGGAUAUGACACCGAAUUCCAUAUUCCAGUCGAAUGGAGAGUUGAGAAGAGCGAACCUGAUGAUCCUUAAGAAUCCAUGAAUCGUGCAAGAAGCUAUAUUAUCAUAUCAUUCGAUAGAUCACUUCAGUAAUUGCACUUGUUUCCUGUUUCACAAAUUAACGGUUCAUCAUAUACGAUAUAGGUCUACUUUCUAAUCUCUUUUCUGACAUCAUUUUAAUGUCAAGAUUUUUGAAGGUCGAUUAAUUUAUCACUUGCAUAGCUGAUUAAUUAAAAAGAUCAAUGCGUGCUUAAGUAAAAUAAAAUAAACACUAGCUAUUUGCGUACUUUUAAAAAGUAAAACCUUUUGUUUUCUAGAUAUUAUUUGAAUGAUUUAAAAAGUAUGCAUUUUUUUUCUUACAGAUGAAAUUUAUGAAGAUGAAAUCAAUCGAAUUUAAAAUUUAAAACUAGGUUUUAAAUUUAUCUGGAAAAUCUAAUGUUUAAGAUUAAAAUCAACGUGUAAAAGUAGUAUAAUCUAUAGAGGAAGUUGCUUGAUAUUUACAGUUAACUGCUAAUUCGAACUCUUAUGGAUUGCUUUCCUUAAUAAUUCUCAAGAACAUUCAAAUUUUGCUUUACUCAAAUUCCAAGAUUUAUUGAAAUGCGAA